GCCGCCGCCUGACUUCCUCCGAGCACCUAACCCCCACCAUUUAAACCCUGUGACUCUCUUCUUUCCAUUUAUGCCCUCAAUUCGAACAUGCAUCCAUUCCCCAUCUCAGAUUGAAAUCAAAACCCUACGCCCUAAAUCGGAUUCAGGCCAAAUCUCUUCUUCUCCGACUUGUUCUUGCUUCAAAAAGGUAAACCCAGUACUUUCCUUUCAAUUUCGAGCUCCAUUAAGCCUUGCUUUUCAGUUCUGGAACCCAAUCUCUUACUUCUCUCUUUUUCUGGGUUUCUCGACAAACCGCCACCGUCAUCAUGCUCUCCCUCGGCCUCCUCUUCACAACUUCCUUCUUCCUUCGUCAUGCUCACCCUCCUCCUGGUACAACCUUGUGGGGAGCUUGAUUUGGAAAAGAAGUGUGCUUUGGUUUCUGGGUAUAUGCCAAAGGUUGAGCAUCAUUGUGCUAUCAGCUCAUCAUUUGAAUAUGUUCAGACCAAUGUCGUCAAAAUGGGUGGGCUUAUGUUUGUUUGAUUUGUUUUCGUAG